AUGUUGUUUAACGAUCAACUAGAAGGAAGGGCUCCGCCGAUCACAUAUCAAGUCAAAAACGCCUACUACACAAAUGAGUACUACUUGACCGACAACAUCUACGCCAAUUGGCCUAUUUUCGUGAAAAGUCCUACGCAUCUGAUGGACGCGAAGAGUAAGAAAUUCAAGGUGAUGCAGAAAGCGACUCGCAAGGAUACCGAACAAACUUUUGGCGUGCUUCAAGCUCGUUGGGCAAUCAUCAAAGAACCAGCCCGUCUUUGGCACAAGGAGGAGUUGAGCGACAUCAUAUUCACGUGCAUCAUUUUGCACAACAUGAUUAUCGAAGACGAAGGCGAGCAUGCAAUGAAAUGGGAAGAAGAGGUAUCCGACGAAGCUUCGAGUAGCUUAGCCGCAGCUCAUCCCCGCACCGGUGCUCCGUCGGAAUUUCGCGCAUUUGUGGCACGACAAGCAUCUAUGCGAGACGCGGAGAUGCAUGCUCGCCUCACUUUGGAUUUGAAGGAGCACAUUUGGUCUUGUUUUGGUCCGAUUAAGCCUUAG